AGUUAUCCGUCGCAGUCGUCAGAAGCCAACGGGAGUGGAAUCAUCGCGAAAUCACAGUGACAUUGUUGUAAGGAUGGCCUAUGUGAAAAGCGGGUGGCUUCAGAGACAGAGUACCAUUCUGCGACGGUGGAAGAAGAACUGGUUUGACUUGUGGUCAGAUGGGCGGUUGAUUUUCUAUGAUGACCAGCAUAGACGGGACAUGGAGGACCAGAUCCACAUGAAGGUGGACUGCAUCAACAUCCGCACUGGGAACUCGUGUCGAGAUCUCACCCCCCCGGAAGGCAAGGGCCGGGACUCCCUGCUGCAGAUCGUGUGUAGGGACGGCAGGAUCAUCAGCUUGUGUGCGGACGGGCCAGACGACGCCCUGGCGUGGUGUAUGGCCUUGCAGGACUCCAGAAUGAACGCGGUGGUCGUCCCCCCUCAGAUGGGUGUCCCUGAUGAGGUCGUGGCCUCCGCGCCCCCACCGUACAGCGAGGUCGUUUCUCCGCCCCAGAUGUACGACCAGGGACGCUACGUGGUCUACGGCCCUCCCCCUCCACCGGGCACGCAGAUAGUAUAUGCCGCCGAUGGGCAGGCUUACACUGUGGCCUACCCCUAUCAGUACCAAGGUACUUACCCUCCUCGAGAAGUGAACCAGGUCAUCGUGCGGGAGCGUCACCAUGACAACGGAGCCGACCUGGCGCUGGGCGUCCUCGCGGGGGCCGCCACCGGCAUGGCCCUGGGGUCCCUCUUUGUGUUUUAGCGUCUCCGCGGCAACCGCGCCCCCCCCAUCGCCCCCCCCCCCCCUUUAA